AUGAUGCAUACUCCGAUGCUUGGCAGGCUCCGGCUCGCUACCCUGCAGGACGCCUCGGACAUAUUUGAGCUCUGCAACGAAUCUAUGGCAAAGAAUUUCCGCAUACGUCAAGUGUUUGAUAUAAUCGUUCUUAUAGAGUCCUGCACGCUAUCCAUUGUUCAACUCAACGAUAAAAACGUAAUCGUCGGGUUUCUGGCCGCAAAAGACCAUCCUUUAUUGCCCUCAGUCCAUCCAUCUGCGUGGGAACACUAUGUCUGGACUAAAUACAAAACUAUAGAAAUGACUGCUCGGAAUAGCCUUUUCCUCCAUCUCCUUUGUUGGAGCAAGCCCUACGGACGCGAAGUAGUCGACAGCCUGCUGAAAAGUUUGUUCAUGCACGACUCCUACCUGAUGAACGUUGCUUUCAUCAAGUGCAUGCCUAAAUAUCCAAUACUAAUGCCAGGACAAAGUCGCUGCGAGGGUUCUUUUCGACGGAUAUCUGCCGUGGAGCGCGGUUUGCCACCCGAUCUAAUCCCAUCGCUCUCGUUGGCUGUGCGUUCAGAAGUGUGCCGGAAGCUCAGGGUGCGAAGGGCGGUCGAGGAGGACAACGACGAUUUGGUUCCAAUAAUCGACCAGCAUUCCAAGCGGUUACGGGAAAUGUACGGCGAGUUCUAUAUCAGCGAAUUGAUAUCGCGGCAUCCAGAAUCUGAACGGGUUCUCUUGGUUGGAGAGCGUCAGGAAUUGGCAGUGGGAGUGAUGAUUCUGAACACAAUGAUCGACUACGAGUCUUUGGAGGAGAGCUUCGAUCUCUCUCCUUUCGCGGGACUCCGUCAUUUGGAGGGAAAGCCUGUUGUGCAAUACGUCAACUCUUCCUCACUUAAGUCCUGCAUCCUGCAUGUGACUGAAUUCUACACGUCCACUUACGCGCUGGCCACGACAUUGCGCGACUGCAUGGCUUUGGCUAAGGCGAUACUGUCGAGGCUGUCACUGUCGCAUUUGGGGAUCAGCAAGCCAGAUGACUCGAUUCUUAGGAAAUCUGGAAAUCCCGUUCCCACUUAUGAGACAGCGGAGCAGGAGCAGAAGAAGACCUUAAACUGGGGCUUGAGCGGCGAGGUUUCACAAUCUGACUCUAACGAGGUGAUCUUCGAGCUGCCGAUGGUGGAUAACGACGACGACCUAGUGGAAUACGACAUAGUUAACAUCAGCAAUGAACUGAUGCGGAUACCUAGGCCGCUCUCCGUGGAACUCAAUAUAGUCUUCGAGCUGAAGUCGGAUAAGACCCUCCAAGUCACCACCAAGGACACGUUGGCCACUCAAGAUCUUGAAAAUAAUAUGAAUAAUCCGAAACAAGUAUCAGCCGACAAAGUUCUUUUUGGUCCUGCGUUUGAAAUCGUACGCUACCCGGGAACCCCGAACGCUUUUCUGUUAGAACUGUUUGCGAUGCAUCAAGAUUACGACGAAAGAUAUGGCUACGACAUUCUGGAGACAGCGUUCGAGAUGUUUCCCGACAGAGAUUAUUGUGUGUUGUGUCUCCCGUCCAACCAACCGGCGUUUCCUCUCCUUGAACAUUUUACGUUAGUUACACCCAAACACUACCGGGAGAAAUACACGAACCAAUCACUCUAUGUGGCACAUGUUAACUCCGUACGCGAGAGCGUGGCAGUUCGUCCAGCAGAAGCGUUCGACUUCCCGUCCAUAGCUCGCAUCCUUGAACACGUAUACGACAAACAAAACAUACUUCGGCUCCUGGAGAAAAGUCUCGUAUCGGGCGACUUGGACGCCUACGUGCUGUUGAGCCAGCGGCAGCCCGUUGGAGUGGUUAUACUCGAGUCUCUAGAUAAUUGUAUUGGGGUCCGAACGCAGUACGACUUAGAGCCUGAACCCAGAAGAGCGGGCAACGACGGCGUGAUCAUUGCAGGGGUACUCUCGCCUGCCUUGGAGCCCCACGCGCGCUGGUAUCUCCGCGAGCUCAUACGCCAUUCAAAGUUCUACGUCCUGUUCUGGCCGAGCCAGCUGAAUAAAACUGGCAAGUACUCAAGCCGAAACUUAAUGUCGCUGGCAGGAAGAAUGGUUCCCAUCGUGCCGUACCGCCAUCCCGUGCCUAAUAUCACCGGGAUGAAAUAUCUGGAUAAAGUGAAGAAUUUGGCGGAAAGUUGCGCAUUCUUUGGCAUUGAGACCCAUUUGACAGCGUUGCCUAAAGUGGACGUGAACCGUGGAAUUGUGGUCGUCGGUGCCAGUCGCACUGGCUUGGCCUUUAUCGAAACUCUACUGAUGGGUCCCGCAUCCCGUUACCUGACAUUUACGAACAUAACCCUUGUAUCCGAGCACGGUCUUCCGAUGCUGUGUGAGUGUAUCCCGGCAGCGGAGACCUGCGUCCCCAGGAGUGGUCGAUACACGGAUCGAUAUCUGAAGAGCCUCCCAUUGUAUUAUUACGUGGACUGUAUUACUGGCGUUAUGACGGAGAUUGACAGAAAGAAGAAAUUCAUCCGGCUGCAAGGCGGAGCGGUGAAGUACUAUGACGAGCUGGUAUUGACAUGCGGCCAGCAAUUUCAACAUCCGGAUUAUUUGGCGGAGUCCUUCGCACAUAGCAAAAAGAUGAGUAAGGGCAAGCCGUGUAAGAGGAUAUUGAUGGACAACCCCAAGUACAGGCCAGACAAAGUCCCGCCGCCGCCCGACUUGCCUGAUAACGUGUUCGUGAUUAACUCUGUGUCCGAAGCCAACAUUUGCUUAAAAAGGCUGAUGUCUAUGAUGAAUGCAGAUCGCUUAACUCGCGAAGACUUAAGCGCCAAGAAUCGGGUAAUUGUGUACGGAGACCACCUGGAGUCCUACAGCACUAUGGCGGCUCUACUUGAACUAGGCAUCACUCCUGAGGAUAUUGCCUUCGUGGAGCCAUUCCCGCCUGUUGAUCGCAACGUGAUGAGAGUCAACUGUUUUAACGAUGAAGUGAUCGAUGAAAGAGUUCAAGCAAGCUUAGACAAUUUGGGAAUUUACGUAUACCGUGACUGUCACUUCGUAAGCUGGCAGACGCAGGGGAGUUGCAUCACCAGCCUGGACGUUAUGUCGCCGCUCCACAGGAUCUCCAUACCCUGCUUCGCUCUUUUCUAUUACGGCUUGAAGGCUAUUAACUAUUAUGCUUUUAAAGCGAUUAGUGAGUGCGGACUAGUAUACGACGGCGGCUUAGUGGUUGACACGAAGUUCAAGACCAACGAUGCCCACGUGUAUGGCGCGGGUACCUGCGUUCAGUACUCGAGGCGGUUGCGCGCUGACUGCCAGUUGCACCGUGAUCGUUGCUCCGAGGAUGUGGGCGAGGCACUUGCGAAUAUAUUCCUGCAUCAAAUGGACCCUUUCGUGAUGGCGGAUCCGGUAUCGGAUCUUUCGGAUCCCAUGCCAAGAUACAGGUCGAGCUUACUGAACUGUAGGUGGGAACCUGUGAUGGAGUUUGUAUCGCCUCUUUUAAUUGCUGCUACUUUCCCGGGCCCUUUGUAUUAUUUGCACCUGAAGUCGCCUGGUGUGGCCAUACCGAUGGAAGUCAGACUGACCCUACCUCAUCAAGGCCAUUCGCUGACCACGGAAAAGGACGGCAACUAUUUCCAACUGCGACUUGACGAGUUCCAUUGCAUAGAUGGCGCCACAUGCCUUGCCAAAAAGGUUCCUUGCUACGAUAUACUUGCUCAAAUUCACGGAAUGCAUGAGUCUCUCUUCAACAACUUACUUACUAGAUAUAUGAUGAACAAGAUCGACGAUUUUUACGAGUUCUUUAUGCAGCCGUGGAUGUCGGCAUUGUACCAGGAGACGUUCGGGAACCUACUCAGAUAUAUUUGCCAACAAAAUGUUGGGACGGUGUAUGAUUUAGUAAAGUCUCAUUUCUCGCUGAUCACUCGAGAUGAUAUGAGUUUUGAUGAAGACGAAAUGGAAAGCUCGGAAAAGGUCACAAAGACUCUAUCAUGCUCCACUAUCCAUACUUGUUACUCGGAACCCGGCGGCUUCUUUUGCUCGGGGGAUGCGCCAAAUCUUGGUACAGUCCGCUCAGUAAUAGAAAGGUUCAUACCCAUUUCUACAACGAUGAACGAGGGCUUUAAGAAACACCUCCCGUCGGAGUGUGGUCAAAGUACAAUAAUGCGUAACGACGCGAGGGCAUUUUGGACCGCGUUGGGCGGCGACCGCAUCGUGACAGCUCACCUCGCGCACUACCUCGACCGCAGACGGGUGUCCAAUCCGCAGUAUGCCGUCAUCAGACCCGAUCUUAUCUAG